CAGAUGACCUCUGCUCCGAAACCACGACAUACCUACCCAUUUCAUGAAUCCCAUUAUUUUAUUUGCUGCCCGAAAUAGAAGAAUUAUGAUUUUUCUGCAGGUGUAGCGCUUUAUUUGUGGGUCUAGCUUCGGAAUGAUCUGCUGGAUAGUCUUGGGUGCUCGUGUGCGUGGGUAGUGGAGACACGCACUCCAAUUGACUUGGCCAGGCCGGUACACGUGAGAUUCGGGGCCAAACUGCAACCGAUUCCACUUCCAUUUUGCUAUUCUCAGAAUAGUCUCCUGUUCUCUUAUUUUUGAAUCUGCAAAGUAUUAUCCGCGUACGGCUCGCGGCCAACAACAGCAACAGCGCAAAAAGAAGGAAAAGAGAGACAGGGGACGAUAACCUCAACGGACAAUACUAACCAUGCCACCAUCCACUUCGAAAUAGGAUAAGUAAAAACAGGGAAUCAUAGAAUCAUGUAUACUGUAUCCUUCUUGAACGACAGCAUAAUGGAUCAAGAUUAACCCAACUAUUGUACUCCUGAAUGCCGACGAUGUACUUAGGUAUGUAGGUAAACCAGCACGCUCCUCCCAUCUUUCCCCCACUACUACCCCAAAACCCUAACCGAACCCCCCUCAACUCUUAACCUCGACCUCAGCUCCAACGAAAAAGGAAUGAAACAUGGGCAGAACCGAGAAGAAGAAACACCUUGAUCUCGUGUCCAACUUCCUUAUUAUCCCUCCCCUUGACGGUGCAGCGAGCCAACAGGACCCCUUUACCCCCUCGCGUCCUCGACGAAUCGCAUCGAUCGGGGCUUUGUUUUAGUGGCAAAAAUGGUGGGAGGAAUCUUGACGAAUCGGAUUCGGGAGUCAUGUUAGUAGAGCCAGAUCCUUGGGCUAGUUGGAUACAUGUAUCGGGGUCUGUUGGAAUUGGAUGGUGUAGAUGAUGGGUUAUGAAGUGGGGGUUUGCAGCGGAUAUGGUGGUGGUGGGGUUAUUGUCAUCUUUGAUCGGGUUUAUGCAUUGUUGAAAUCAAGUACCUACGUAUAUACCUACCUAGAUCAGAUUGUGUAUGCGACGUUUAUCUACGGCUUUAGCUGUCCCUACAUCUCGCAUCCUCUCUCUCCCAGGAGCUCGCGUCAGACAAUGACUCCACAAAAAAAAAGGGAUUUCGCUCUCGUUUGCUGGUUCUAUUCGUUGAUGAGAGGAAGGACCGUUUAUCUUCGAGCCAAAAGAAAACAAGUCACAAGUGAUGCGCUCCUCCUCAGGUGGUCCCCGGAUUCCCAGUCCAUUUCCGGUUUAACGUACCCGCGAUAG